GACGGUACCGCUGCUCGUCCUCUCCGAGAGCGCCGCGUACGUGCGACUCUCGCUCCUCUUUUCCCGCGCGAUGUUCGCGGCGAGCGAGGACGCAGCCGCCGAGUGCCGAGCCGGCAUGCGACGCCGCGCUUGGAAGGCGCUCCACAUCUCCGUAUCCAUGUGCGGCGCCGCUCUGGUCAAGUGGGCACAGUGGGCCUCCGUCCGCAGGGACAUAUUCCCCGAGGACUUCUGCGAGGUCCUCAGCGCGCUGCACGACGAUGCGCCGCGUCAUUCGAAACGGCAGACUGCGAGAUUGGUUCGGAAGGAGCUCGGCGCACCCAUCGAGGCUGUGUUUUCGCAUUUUCCGGACGAGCCGGUCGCGUCGGGUUCGAUCGCGCAGGUGUACAGGUGCGUGUUGCGGCCGGAGGUGGCGCGUGCGUGCGCGAGUCACGACCCCGAGCUGGCGCGAAGACUCAGAAACCAGUCGAAGGACCUGACAAUGGCGGGCGCUCAGGCGCACGGACUGGCGCGGGCCGGCGGCUCCUCUUCGCGUCGUCCGGCCGGGUUCUUGGCGAGAUGGUUCGGGUUCGGGGGUUCUGAAAGGGAACGCGGGGAGAACGUGGACGCUCUCGCGCCGGCGGCCGGCCGCCCCGAGGAUGAACCAUGCGUCGUGGCGGUGAAGGUUCGGCACCCAGAGGUUGACCGGCAGAUAUUCUUGGACUUCCAGAUUCUCAAGCGCGCAGUUCGGCUCGUCUCGCACGUGCCGGCGCUGCGGGAUCUGAACCUGGAGGAGACUCUCGGGCAGUUCUCGCACACGAUGACCGCACAGACGGACCUUCGCACCGAGGCGAGGAACCUGCGCAGGUUUGGGCGUAACUUUUCCAGAGAGCGUUGCAUCAACGCGCCUUGGCCGCUUCCUGGCCUCGUUACCGAGGGUCUGUUAUGCGAGACUUUCGAGAAGGGAGAGUCGGUCUCGAGUGUCAUCCGUCGCGAAUGCGAGCACAAUGACACGCUGUGCUCUUACGGCGUGGACUGCUACUUCAAGAUGCUGCUUCGCGACAACUUCCUCCACUCGGACCUGCACCCGGGGAACAUUCUGUACCAGGAUCACGUGCUCAGAACGGUGCCGAAGAUCGAGUCCGAGGUGCGACUGGUGCUCCUCGAUUUUGGCAUCGCCGACGAGCUCCCCGUGGACGUUCGCAACGAGUUCCUCACCUUUCUGUUCUGCCUCGUGCACAAGGACGGAAUCGCAGCCGCCAACGCCAUCCUCCGCUGGUCGUCAGCGCAGACAUGUGUGGGCGCCGCCGCAGACGCCCUGCGCGCUGACAUGACAGCGCUGGUGGACUCCAUGUGCGACCUCAGGACCAUGCGCGUUGACAUCGACGCGGUGCUCAAGGCUGUGAUGGUUCUGCUCAGACAGCACAAGGUGGCGAUCGACCCGGUGUACGCCACGCUAGUAGUAUCCUUGUGCGUUUGUGUGGGAUUCGCCAACUCCUUGGACAAGGACCUGAACCUGUUUGAGGUGGCAGUGUCGGCGUUUGUUAGCUACGCGACGGUGGGCGAGGUGGUUUCCGGGAAGUUAUACGCCUGACAUAGACGAUAGUCUAUUAAAUCUUACGUGGAAAACGAUCUCUU